AUGCUCAAUUCCACAUCUACGAAUCAUUCAAUAGAAUAUUCUAAAAUUUUACAAUUAUCAGUACCUUUAUCAACGACAACGAUUAAUUUAAAUUCUUCAUUAACAUCAAAUCCAUCAACAUGGACAAUAAAUCAAGUUGAAGAAUGGCUUAAAAAAAAUAAUUUGAAUGAUUGUAUUGAUAUUUUAUGUCAUCAAUAUCAAAUUGAUGGUGAACGUUUAAUAAACUUAAAUCAAAAUGAUAUAUUAUCAUUAACAAAAAAUAAACAAUUAUGGUUACAAAUAAAAACUUUAAAACCAAAAUCAACAAUAAUUCAACUUGAUUCAUCAACAAUAAAUUGUGAAAAUAGUACAAUAUCAAAUCAAAUUGAAGAUCAACCAAUAACAAAUUGUUGUUUUAUUACUUCAAUACGUUCAGAUAGAAAAAAAACUUUAUUAGCAUUUCUUCUUGCUUUAAUGACAAUAUUUUUUUGUUCAUUUAUUAUAACGAUUGUUGAUGAACGUUUACCUGAUCCAAAAAACUUUCCACCAUUACCUGAUCUUAUACUAGAUAAUAUUAAACAAAUAUCAUGGGCAUUUUCUAUAACAGAAAAAUUAAUUUUAACAGAAAUGAUAACACUUAUUAUUGUUAUAAUUCUUCAUAGACAUAGAAUGAUUAUUCUUCGUCGAUUAUUUACUAUAACAGCUGCACUUUAUUUUCUUCGAAGUAUUACUAUGGUUUUAACAUCAUUACCAGUUGCAACAAAAGUUACCGACUGUGAACCAAAGCAAUUAAUUAAUUUUGAUGCUCGAUUAAAAAAAGCUGCUCUGAUUUUUCUUGGCCAAGGUCUAUCGUCAUUUGGAGUGAAAACAUGUGGGGAUUAUUUGUACAGUGGUCAUACAUGUACUCUCGUACUUGCAACACAUUUUAUUAAUGAAUAUAUAAAAUUUUCGUAUCUAUUUGAUGAUCCAGUUGCUUCGGUUCCACAUGAUAUUUUGGAAACUGAACCAAAGCCGAAUGCACAGUUUCUUUUCGUGUAA